AAAUCGGCUGCUGCCGGGCACGGGCGCGCCCAGAGGUAAAGGCGUCCGGAGGGAAGGCCCGGGGCCGCGGCCGAGCUCUCGGCCACCGGCUCUGCCCUGCCCGCCGCUCCGGCGCCGGCCACGCUCGGAUGCCCCCUGCGCCCGCCCCGCCAGGAGGAAACUUUGCCCCGCCAAGUCCCCCGCCCGCCUAACGGCGCCUAGAGGCGCCUGGUUGACCGCGCGCCCCGCCGGGGCCCCGAAACCCCGCGCGUGAUUGCGGGGGCCCCCCGGCGUCCGGCGCCCGCCGCGCCCCGCCGUGCGCGUGCGGCCGCCAGGAUGCGCUACGCGGACCCCUCGGCGAACCGGGAUUUGUUGGGGAACCGAACUUUACUCUUCAUUUUCAUCUGCGCCUUCGCCUUGGUGACCUUGCUGCAACAGAUCUUGUACGGCAGAAACUACAUCAAGAGAGGCCUCCAGUUUGGUUGGCAGAGUGGCGACCAGCUGGCCAAUUGGACGGGGCUCUUUAAUGUCACGGACGACCCGGCAGUGCAGAGCGGCAGUACCUCCAGCUCCAGGUACUUUGAAUUUUACGAGGGCCCGUUUGAAUAUAACUCCACGAGAUGCCUGGAGCUGAGGCACGAGAUCUUGGAAGUGAAGGUGCUGUCCAUGGUGAAGCAGUCGGAGCUGUUCGACAGAUGGAAGAGUCUGCAGAUGUGCAGAUGGGCGAUGAAUAUCUCUGAAGCCAACCAAUUCAAGUCCACUCUGUCCAGGUGCUGUAAUGCCCCCUCCUUCCUCUUCACCACCCAGAAGAACACCCCCCUGGGGACGAAGCUCAAGUAUGAAGUGGACACCAGCGGCAUCUACCACAUCAACCAGGAGAUCUUCCGCAUGUUUCCCAAGGACAUGCCCUACUACCGGUCCCAGUUUAAGAAGUGUGCAGUGGUGGGCAACGGAGGCAUCCUAAAGAACAGCCGCUGUGGGAGGGAGAUCAACAGUGCCGACUUUGUCUUCCGGUGCAACCUACCCCCCAUCUCAGAGAAGUACACCAUGGAUGUGGGCGUGAAGACAGAUGUGGUCACUGUGAACCCCAGCAUCAUCACAGAGAGGUUCCACAAGUUGGAGAAGUGGCGGCGGCCCUUCUACCGGGUGCUGCAGGUGUACGAGAACGCGUCGGUGCUGCUGCCCGCCUUCUACAACACGCGCAACACCGACGUGUCCAUCCGCGUCAAGUACGUGCUGGAUGACUUCGAGUCGCCGCAGGCCGUGUACUACUUCCACCCGCAGUACCUGGUCAACGUGUCGCGUUACUGGCUCAGCCUGGGGGUGCGCGCCAAGCGCAUCAGCACAGGCCUCAUCCUGGCCACGGCGGCGCUCGAGCUCUGCGAGGAGGUGCACCUGUUCGGCUUCUGGGCCUUCCCCAUGAAUCCCUCGGGCCUCUACAUCACCCACCACUACUAUGACAACGUCAAGCCCCGCCCCGGCUUCCACGCCAUGCCCUCCGAGAUAUUCAACUUCCUGCACCUGCACAGCCGGGGCAUCCUGCGCGUGCACACGGGCGCCUGCAACUGCUGCUGAGGGUGGCGCGGGCUGGCCGGCCCCCGCGGCGAGCAGGACCCCACUCCUCCUCUCCCUCUUGCGCUGGGCGGGGCGGGGGCGGGGGGUGGCUGGCGUUCAGGCUGUCACUACCUCGGGCGUUCAGCUUCCUGCGUGGGUGGUGUGGGCCAGGAGGCAGGAGUGGGGGCCCCCCGGGGCGGAGCCGGCUGUGUGCUAAGGCUCCCUGGCCUCCGCGGGGGCGCCCCGUAUCCCCGCCCUGCCCACGGGUAGCAUGAUGCUGAGCCACGCCCCAAGAUCAGGGGCCUUGAGGGAUUGCAAGUGAACAAAGCACAUUUGCACUCAAUUUUAGCACUGGGGAGGGCACACACUGUAGUGGCCUUGCCGCAGCU